UUCAGAAUAUCCCCGUUCGCAGUGGUAGAUACUUUUAUCCAUAGUAAACUUACUUACAUUUUAAAAUAUGUUUUACAAAUAUUGCUUUGCCUAUUUGUUGACUUUGAGUGUAGUAGCGGCACAAGGAAGACUUUUUUCUGAAGAGGAAAACUGCUCUGGAGUGAGCGACUGCGCAUGCGGAGAACAAUGUGUUGAUGUCACAGAUGUCACAGACCUUACUGACCUAAUGGACUCCACUGAUCUAACACUCUGCAACAGUUCAUCAUGUGCAUGCAUACCAGGUUGUGCAGUUGGAGCAAUCUUCAUUCCACGCGGUGUGAAUCGACCACGUACUUACUGCAACCUAUGUUCUUGUCCCAGUGGCCACACUGAUGGUAUCCCUUGGUGUACAAGAAUGCCAAUGUGUAACCUGCCUGAUAUAGGAUCCGUUUACCAAGAAAACCCAGCCUGUCACGGACAACAGCAAACAAUUUUCGAGGGAUAAUUCUAUUUGUACAAAGAUACACAAAAGUGAAACGAAGAUGCAACUUCUACCCGAGAAUAAUUCCGUCAAAUCAUGGCACCAGAAAUAGCGUGGUCUUCUCUUGUAAAAUGAAAACCUCAAAAAUGAAAAAAUUAAGUGAAUGAAAUGGUUUUUGACAGCUUUUCUUGGACAUAAUUAAAUUUUUCUGGCUGACGUUGGCGGCCUAACGGCCUGAAGUUGGCGGCCUAGCAGCUUAAUGGUAGCGUUGGACUGGCGGCCCAGCGGCUCAACAGACUCUAGUAUUUAUUGUAAAAAAACUGAUUUAGAAUAUAUGAAAAAUAUCAAGAAAACCGUGAAAACAAAUGUUAUAACUCAGUAAAACUCGAAGAAGAAUGUUGCAGCCUUGUGGUCUAGCGUCCUGUCGGCCCGGAAAACUCGUGUCUUUUUUUUUUUAAUAAGAUUAAUAUAAAACUAAGUAUAGAGAAAACUGUGAAUACACACAGUAAAGCACAAAAAGGAAUGUUGCUUUCCUUUUGAAAACUAGCAAAGCAAAUAUGAGAGUAAUUCAUGCUUGAUAAAAUACUUAAAAUAAAUUUUCCAUUCCAGCAGUUAUUUUUUUAUUUAAAAAAUUGAAAUAUAUAUAGCAACAAUUUUAAUUUCCAUCCCAUUGGUUCAUUUAUUGGUGAAUGAAAUACAUUAAAAACACUGGAUUGGAAUUUUUCAGAGCAAUUAAACGUUUGUUUGAUGUAUUGUAUUGCGCAUAAAUUAAUCUCUAACAACUGUUUCUCAGUCUCUAUAAUAGUCUACUCUCAUAGGCUGCUUUGCUAAUUUUCAGUAUAAAGCAACAUUCUUUUUUGCGCUUUGCUGAGUAUUCACAGUUUUCUUCAUAUUAAACGUAUUUCCAGAAUUGUUAUUUUACAUUUAAUGAAUGUUAUCCAGACCGACAGUCCUCUAGGACACCAGGCCACCAGGCCGCUGGAUUGGAAAUUUUUAGAGUAAUUAAAAAUGUUGUUUUAUGUAUUUCAUUGAGUAUAAAUUAACCACAAACAUGAUGGUUUCUUAAUUACUUUGUAUUAAAUGUACUGUAUUAGGCUUAUAUGCUAAAUUGCAAUGUUAAGUAACAUCGUUA